AUGAAAGAAAAUAAUCAAUUAUUCAUAAGAAUUUGAAUAUCUAAUCUAUCAGAGUUUAAACUUUGAUGUGUAACCACGUUAGUAAAUAACCAAUUAAUCAACAUCGUUCUAUGAGUCUACAAAAGUUUCAUCAAUUGCAAGGAGAAAAAAGUGCAUCAAAAGCAGUGAGCCGUCUAUAGUGCAGUACGAGAAAAUAAUUUCAAAAUGAAUUCCAUUCGAUUGGAAAUUGUUUAGCGCGACAUCUGUCGUUGGAUCUUGAUGAUCGAUGUAACGUUUUCAAGAUGGUGGCAGACGAGUUAGAUUUUAGUAGGCGCGGUUCUUUCGUUCGAUCAUUCUUUAAAAUUGCACAGUAGCAAGACAUAUAAGGAUCGAAGAAAAACAUUCUAAAAAUAUUACUUUGUUGUAAUAUCUUAACGGAGUAUCCAAAAUUUCUAACUCUGAUUUAUUGUGUCAGCUGAUAAAAUGUUUACCUACGUUUCUGCAAAUGCAUUGCAUAUAUCUCUUACACGAGAUAUUUUGUAGUCUAGAUAUUUGUACUAAAAGAUUUGCAAAAAAAUAACGACGAAAGUACAAUCCUUUAAAUCAAAGAAUUUCUUUAUGUAAGAAAAGUGACUGUGGCUACUAUGGAAAAGUUAAAAGAGCAUGGCUGGUACCUUUCUAACCAUGGAUUUAAUCUUGUCAGCGAUUCUGGAAAUAUCAAUGACUUAGAGAAAAUAUUGAGACGUUGUCUAGAUCUUGAUCUAAAGGAAAUUAGUAGUGGUCAAGGAGAUAUUCAUCAAGGAAAUAUUAUAUUACAAAUACAAAAAUUACGUAAUGUUGCUGCCCCUAAAGGUAAUGAAGAAUCUCGUGGUGCACCACGCAUGUUAAAGUUAUCUUUAACCGAUGGUAAAAAUAAUUACCAAGCUGUAGAAAUUGAACCACUUUCUUCCAUAAGUUUAAACACACCUCCUGGUACAAAACUAUUGCUCAAGUCAGGGAGUAUACCCAUGUCACAUGGAAUUAUCUUAUUAAGACCCUCAAACAUAAGUCAACUAUUAGGAGGAAGAGUGUCAAGUCUUGUAGAGAAAUGGGAAUUAAAUAAAAAAUUAGCACAUCACUCAAGGGUAAGAUCUGCAGAGGAAGGUGGUCCUCCACCAUGGAUACCGUUUGGAAAAAAGAUUAUCAAAAUUUCUGAUCGGGACAAAAAUUUCAAAGCAUUGGUAGAAAAGGAUAAAACUAGUAAAGAAAAUGCAGAAUUUGAAGCACAACGUAAAGAUGCAAUAGCUGAGGCUGCUAAGCAAGGUAGCAAAAAAGUUUUUGGUGGUGGAAAUAAGCAGCUAUUAGAUCAUAGUGUACAAAGGAUAGUAGAACAAGGAUUUUCCAUAGAACAAGCUGAAUAUGCUUUGCGUGUGAACAGAAAUAAUGUUGAUAAAGCAAUCAAAAGUUUACAAAGGACUAAUAAUAAACACAAAGAGUCAAGAGAACCAAGAGAACCAAGAAGUAAACGUUUUGAUAAAAAAUCUGAAGAAAGUAAACCAAGCAGUGGAAAGAUAUCUUUAUUUGAUUUUCUUGAGGAUAAGUUGCCAAUUCAACCAGAGCCAGUAGAAACUACUCAAAAUAAUUAUGUACAAAAUAAUGAAAAUAACGUUGAACGUCUCGAAUCAAAAGCGGAUACACAUAAUACUAGAGGAGGACGAUCUCAAAGAGGAGGUCGUGGGUAUCAAGCUCCACCAAGACAUAGUGAAGAAAAUAAAGCAAAUAAAAGAUUAAGUAAUAAUAAUAAUUCUGUUGCUCCACAAUAUUCUCAGUACAAUGGAAAUAGUAAUACUCAACAAAGCAAACCACCAAGAUUUCAACGAAAUCAGGAUACUCAUGGUUAUUAUCAUCAAGACAAUGCAAAUAGAAGUGGUCCUCAAAAGAGUCAUAAUGAAUAUAAAAAUUCUCUUCCUCAAUCUCAUUCUGGUAUCGGAUACACUGAUGAUAAUGGAGGUUGUCAUAAAGGUCAACAUGAACAACAAGGAAAAAAUCCUUCUAGUAAUAGGAAUUAUAAUCAUUAUGAAUCAGAAACUAGGAAUAGACAUCUUGCUGACAAUUCCUAUAAUAGACAUAAUCGAGUACAGGAGACAGGGACUAGAAUUUAUGGAGCUAAUAUACCUGAUAGAAAUUAUAGAAAUCAGUUAAAUAAAUAUCAAUUACAUGAUAAUGCGAGUAAUAGGGAAAACAUUGGAUCUACUGCUCACAAAAAUGAAAAUCAUAAUUUGAAUAAUCAAAGUACUAAUGUUCCUGCCAGUACUCCAUGGGGAUGGCAAAUAGGUGACAAGUGUAUGGCUAAGUAUUGGGAAGAUAACAGAUAUUAUAAUGCUGAAGUGACUGCCGUAUCUGAGAGAACAUGCGUUGUACAAUUUAAAGGUUUCGAAAAUUACGAAGAGGUGCUUCAAGUAGAUUGUAUACCUAUAACGGAAGACAUUCAUAUGGAAAAGAAUGAUCGGGGAAGGGAUCAAAGAGCGAAUAAUAGACAAACUCGAAAUGAGCAAAGUCAAAAUAAUAUUGCGGCGGGUAUGGAAUUCCGUAGAAGUGGCAAUGGACCUAGUUCUGGUAAUAAAGGAUAUAAUAAGAAGAGAGGUCCAGUACGUAGUACUCAGCCAAUCUAUCAGCCACCGGCACAACGAAAUCAUUAUUCCAUGCCAACUAAUAUACAAAAUAAUUCUCUACUCUAAUGUGUGUAGUACCAAUAAUUUUCUUUAGAAAAGUAACGGAAGCUCUACUGAAUAUUCAGUCAUAGUUUUGCUGCUGGUUCAAGACUGACUCUAUGGAGCACCACAUACUUUCCAUACGUGCAGAGAUAAAUUCUACAUGUGCAAGUCCGUAGAUUAUUUAAGGGAUAAUUAAAUGAAUUUUUUGUGUGGCAAAUGAUUUGUACUCAACGUUAAAAUUCAAUAUGUAAUAACUGUAUAAUUAUGAUACAAAUUGUUUCUUUAUGUGGUAUGUGAAGAAAAUGGAAGCUAACACUUCAAAAAUAUAUAUCGAUAUUAAAAUAUUA